UGCCCACCCCCUGUCCUAGUGGGACCUCAUUGUCCCCAGUCCAGGGGAUGCAGGGUGUUUUCCCAGCCCGUCUCUGCUCCAUUGGGGAGGCUCAGGAUCGCUCUGCAUCCCUCCUCAGAGCCAGAGUCCCAUGGGUACAGGAGGCAAAGGUCCCUGGCAGUGUCAGAGUGCGAGCGCACAGCAGCCCGCCCGGUGGCAUCCCUUGCGCCGCGACCACAGGCUCGCUCGCAGGAUGGCAUGGCGCUCGCUGGUGCUGCUCCCCUUCCUCCUGACAGCAGUUUCAGGCAACACAGCCCCCUUCUUCAACAUGAGCAUCGUCUAUGUACCUGAGGACCUGGAGUUGGGCCAGUUUGCUUUCCAGCUGAGAGCUACUGACAUAGACAAUGACCCGCUCACCUACAGCAUCACUGGGUCAGACUCCUUCUACUUCUCUGUCGAUUCUCAGACAGGCAACGUGACACUGAAGAACUCCCUGGACCGCGAGCACCAGGCCAGGCUCACCCUUAUCAUCGGAGUGUUUGACGGGACUAACGAAGCAGUCUCCAGAAGACUCACAGUCAUCGUGGAGGAUCGUAAUGACAACGCCCCAGUCUUCCAGUACCUGCCAUACAUCGCCACCAUCCCCGAGAAUGCAACACUCAACAGCAUCAUCUACACCGUGUUUGCCAAUGACAGUGACACUGGGAAUGCCUCCAAAGUCAGCUACAGCAUCGAGGAGGUGAUUCCAGACAGCAUGAAGAAUCACUGGCUCUUCUACAUCCUGCCCAACGGGAGUGUGGUGCUCAAUGGUUCGCUGGACUAUGCCAAUAACACCUUCUAUCAGCUCAAGAUCAUUGCCAAGGACGGCGGGGGGUUGCUGCACAAUGUGUUGACCUUCCAGCAGAGCUCAACCUACCUGUCCCUGACCAUCAGUGACCUGCCCAACCUGGACCCAUGGUUCCUCAACGAGCCCUACUCGGGCUCUGUGCCUGAGAACUGCAACCUGGGCACCACUGUGCUGACUGUCAUUGCCAUGGACGGAGACACGGGGGUGAAUGAUGAGAUCUCCUACAACAUCACCAAUGCCAGCUUACCCUUUACUAUCAAUGCCACGACGGGUACCAUCACUGUGAGUGGGGCCCUGGACCGUGAGGAGCUGCCAAGCGAGGAAGUGCUGCUGGAAGUCACAGCACGUGAGAAGAACGUGGACAUCUAUGGCAAGGUGGCCCAGGCCAGUACCCUGGUGAAAGUGGUGGUGACUGAUGUCAAUGACAACAAGCCCCAGUUCUACGACUGCUCUCUACCCAGCUGUGACUUCUCUGCUGAUCCCCAGAACAACUUCAGGGGCAACAUCAUUGAGCACUCCUCCUCCAGACUGCCCGUGUCUAACCUCAGCAUCGUUGCCCAUGACCCAGACAAGGGCAUUAACAGCAGUUAUGAGCUGUACCUGCAGGAUCUGAACAACAAAGCCUUCAUUGUCUCCCCCUCAAGGAUUGUGGGCACAGGAGAGGUCCAGAUCCUGGUGCAGAACCCAGACUUGGUGGACUACGAGAUAAGCCAUGUCAUGGUGGUGGAGAUCAUUGCUAAUGACACAGGGAACACCAUGGACUGCUGCUCCACAGCCACCGUAACCAUUGAUCUCAUUGAUAGCAAUGACCACAUCCCCGAGUUCCCCCAGAGCACCUACAGCCUGAGUGUGGAGGAGAACAGCCCUGAUGGCACCGUCAUCGCCCCAAACAUCACGGCCUAUGAUCCAGACAGCGGUGACCUGGGCCACAUCACCUACCAGCUGCUCCCAGAGAGCAUCCGUAAAAUCUUCAUGGUGAAUGCCACAACUGGGGCACUGCUGGUGCUGAAUGGGAGCUUGCUGGACCGGGAGACUCGCUCCAUCUACUAUGCCAAUCUCCAGGCCAAGGAUGGGGGCAACUUGGUGGGCACCACUGUGCUGGAGAUCACCGUGUUGGAUGUGAAUGACAUGGCACCCGUCAUCAUCGGCUCCUACUUCAUCUCAGUGGAAGAAGGGCAAAACAUCAGUACGCAGAUCCAGGCCAUCGACAAUGACGAGCCUGGCAACCGUAACAGCGAGUUGGGCUUCAAGAUCUUAGAAGGACCAUUUAGCAACAACUUUACUAUCAACUCCACCACGGGUGAGAUGCGUAGCAAGGAGGUUCUGGACCGCGAGGCCUUGGACGAUGAGCGGGGUCAGAUGGUGGUGACAGUGGAGGUGUAUGACCAUGGGGUGCCACAGAAGAGCACCUUGGUGAAUGUCACCAUCACUGUGAGGGAUAUAAAUGACAACGCACCCAUGUUCCUCAACCAGUCUUAUGAAUUCUCAGUUUUUGAAGACUCUCCAGAUUUCCCUGUGGGUAAGGUGGAGGCCACAGAUGCCGACAAGACAGAGAUCAAUUCCCGUAUUACCUUCGUACUUAAGAGCGGCAAUGGCUCCAGCAAUUUCUUGAUCCACUCAUCCCAGCUGAAGCCAGGACACUAUGCUGGGCAGCUGUCUGUGGACCCUGACGUGUCCCUGGACUAUGACACCAUGCAGCAGAAGUUCUUCUCUUUGGUGGUGAUAGCGGAGAACAUGGCUGCAGACAACUUGGGGGACUCUGCCAGUGUCUCAGUGGUGGUCCACAUUCUAGAUGUCAAUGAUGAGCCUCCCACCAUCCUGCCAGCCUCGCUGCAGGAUGUACACGUGAGCGAGAAUGGCACACAGCAGGGUCUGGUCCGCAUACUGGUUGCCUCCGACCCAGACACCAACCACUCGCUGGUCUUUGAGGAGCUGGCAGUUGCCUGCUUCAAGGGGGAGAGCAGCGUUGGGGAGGUGUGCUGGGACUGGUUUGUGCUGGUACCCAAUGGCUCAGUGCUGGUGAAUAGCUUGAACAUUGACUACGAGCUGUGCGACAGGGUGGUGCUCACGCUGCGGGCUGAAGACCUGUACACUGAGAAGGGCAAUCGAUACAGCCAGAACGAAACCCUGAGGAUCCUCAUCACUGAUGUGAAUGACAAUGCGCCAGUCUUCCUUCCCAUCUUGGAGACCUUUGUGGUUGUCCCCGAAACCUCUAGUAGGAACAUGCAGGUGGCUACCGUGAAGGCCACAGACGCUGACUCGGGGCCGAGGGGAACCAUCACCUUCUCCAUUGUCAGUGUGGUGCUUGUGGAGGACAAUGGGGUCAGCCGGCCCUUCGAGAACCUCUUCAAGGUGGAGACAACAUCCGAGCAGGACAGCUACAUCGGGACCAUCCAGGUGGACAGCAACCUCGAUAGCUCGCUGAAGGGGCACUACCAGGUGACAGUGGAGGCUCAGGACAAGGAAGAACCAGUGCACACAGCACAGACUGUGCUGAAUAUCUUCACAGUGGAUCAGAGCUACCGCGUUCGCCUCCAGUUUGUGGCAACGGUGGAGGAAGUCCAGGCUAACUCCAAACAAAUCGAAGUGGCCCUGACCAGCGCAACCAAGGCAAGGAUUUACGUGGUGGCCAUCCGGCGCGCAGACGAGACCCGCGCUUCCAAGGUGGAACCCAAGUCGGUGAUGGAGGCGUACUUCGUCUACAGCAAUGGCACUGCCUUGGACAUCAGCCAGCUGACCGUGCUCAUACAGUCCGACCUGAUGGUCUUGGCUGAGCUGGUGAACCUGGGCCUGGCUGUCAUCGGCCCCGUGGAGGUGACAAAGCCCACCAAGGAGACAGAGCUGAUUGGCGUCAUUAUUGGGCUGGCGGCAUUCCUACUCAUAUUCAUCCUUGUCAUGAUCCUGGUCUUGGUUCUCACUACCAGGAGCUACAAGAGAAAGCUGAAUGCGAUGAAAGCUCUGAAGGUGGCCACGACACUCGGCCCUGCCGUGGCACAGCAUGGAGCUGGCAUCCCCGGGACCAACCAGUACAAUGCAGAGGGGGCCAACCCCAUGCUGAACCUCAGGAUUGAUCCCUCCCAUGACCUCGGCUUCCAUGAGGACUCCAGCUCUGUGGCCAGUAUGAAUUCCCUGGACGAAAACACAGUAGAUGCACCCGAGGACAAUGUGAAGGCCAAGCAGGGCAAAAGUCAGCUGAUGGACUCCACCGACAGGGAGGUGCUGGUGGCUGCCCUGGACCUGAAAGAGCCCACCAAAACUGCAUAUAUCAACACCACCUUCACCACUACGGACUUGUGAGCAGGCGCGAGGGAGGCACCAGGGCCAGAGCAGGACUCAGGCAGCUGCUUUGGUGAUGUUGUGUUCAGAGGCUGGCAAUAAACUUG